CCACCGCCCCGCCGCCGGGCCCCCCCGCCGGGGCUAGCGCUCGACGGCGGCUCCGAGGGGGCGGGGCGCUGCCAAUGGCUGCUCCCCCUGCUGCUCCCCUGCCCUGCUCGCCCUUUUACCUGAGCAGGCAGACGCCGUGCCCGCAGUGCUCAUGGGGCAUGGAGGAGAAGGCGGUGGCCGGUGUGGGCUGCCGGGAGUCAGCGGGUCCCCCGAGGGCCGUGGCCGUCCAGUACUUCUGCAUAUCAGUGGAUCAGGACGACAUCCUGCCCGGUGCCCUGCGCCUCAUCCAGGAGCUGCGGCCGCACUGGAAACCCGAGCAAGUUCAGACCAAGCGCUUCACCGAUGGCAUGACCAACAAACUGGUGGCCUGUUACGUGGAUGAAGACAUGCAGGACUGCGUGCUUGUCCGGGUAUACGGGGAGCGGACGGAGCUGCUGGUGGAUCGGCAGAAUGAAGUCAGGAGCUUCCAGUUGCUUCAAGAACAUGGCUGUGCCCCCAAACUCUACUGCACCUUUCAGAAUGGGCUGUGCUACGAGUACAUGCCAGGCAUGGCCUUGGGACCCGAGCACAUCGGGGAGCCUCGGCUCUUCAGGUUAAUCGCCUUAGAAAUGGCAAAGAUCCACGCCAUCCAUGCCAACGGCACCCUGCCCAAGCCCACCCUCUGGCACAAGAUGCAUGACUAUCUCACCCUUGUGAAGGAUGAGAUCAACCCCAGCCUGUCUGCAGACAUCCCUAAGGUGGAGGUGCUGGAACAGGAACUGGCCUGGCUGAAGGAGCACCUGUCCCAGUUGGACUCCCCUGUGGUGUUCUGUCACAAUGACCUGCUCUGCAAGAAUAUCAUCUACGACAGCACCAAAGGUCAAGUGCGGUUCAUUGACUAUGAAUAUGCCGACUAUAACUACCAAGCAUUUGACAUCGGCAACCACUUCAAUGAGUUUGCAGGUGUGAAUGAAGUGGAUUACUGUCGGUACCCAUCACGGGAGACUCAGCUGCAAUGGCUGCACUACUACCUGCAGGCGCAGAGGGGUGCGGCUGUGACCCCCAGGGAGGUGGAGAAGCUCUACGUGCAGGUCAACAAGUUUGCCCUGGCUUCUCACUUCCUCUGGGCGCUCUGGGCCCUCAUCCAGAACCAGUACUCCACCAUCGACUUUGAUUUCCUCAGGUACGCCGUGAUCCGAUUCAACCAGUACUUCAAGGUGAAGCCUCAAGUGAUGGCCUUGGAGAUGCCAAAGUGA